AUGUUGGCUGUUCAGGAUCCGAAUCUGCAAUUCCUAUGCCGUGGCUCGCUAUCGGACUACGCGGCAUGCCAGUGUAAAGAGGACGAGGGUGAAGUUGCAUGCAUAAAUGCGCAAUUCGUCGACACUGAAGUCUUCUUCAAUCUCAACGCUCAUUACAAAACCCUCCAGAAGGUGACGUUCCAUGGGAAUAACUUUCAAGAUCUGCCAUCGUCAUCGUUAUUUGGCCCAGUGAGCCAUAGCAGAUUGCAUACGUUGAACAUAUCGGCCAACUACAUAGUAAAUUUAAAUUCGAAUGCGUUGAAAGGAUUGCCGAAUCUACGGGUAUUGGACCUCUCCAAUAAUGAGAUUGUACUCAAGGAAAGUGAUGUCGACUUCUUAACGCACACUCCACGACUAACUCAUCUGUAUCUACGACGAGCAUUCACGGCCACAAUCAAUCGUACCGUCCAAUUUGAUCUGAUGAUGAGAAUGUUUCAAAAGGCCAAUCUGAAACACUUGGAGAUUCGUGACAAGCACAACUUGGUCUGCGAUCGGGCAAGUCCACGGAAUUUCGUCGGAGCCCGUCUGGUCGAGGUACCACUGCACAAGCUGGACUGUUCAGUAAAUCUGUUUGCGAUGAGUUCCAACCAACCGCAGUUCCUCACUCUUCUCUUUGCCGCCGUCGUCAUUUACUUCUUUAAUAAUUUGUAA